UUGCACUGUGAUAAAUUACAGAAUUGAAUGUGUCAUUGCAAACCGAACAAAAAAAAGGCACCGGUUAUAAAAUAAAUUGCACCCUGUCAUUUAAACAAUAGUUUGACAAUCACUGUUUAUUUUGCAGUCAUUCGGAAACUACGAUGAAGAGGAACACCACCCAGAUUCUGGCCAAGCUGAGGGAGCUGAUGCUGCGGGCCCAAGUGGGCGAUUCCAGCGGCAUAUCGGCAUACAUAGUGCCAUCGGACGACGCCCACCAGUCGGAGUACCAAUGUCAGCAUGACGAGCGGCGCUCCUUUGUCAGCGGAUUCGAUGGAUCCGCUGGCACGGCGGUUGUAACCACCAAAAAUGCCCUGCUCUGGACUGACGGUCGAUACUAUCAGCAGGCGGAGAAGCAACUGGACUCCAAUUGGGUGCUGAUGAGGGAUGGUCUCACCACCACGCCGUCGAUAGGAGCCUGGCUGGCCAAGAAUCUGCCCAAAGGCAGCUUCGUGGGCGUUGAUCCCCGUCUGCUAUCGUUCCGCGUAUGGAAACCCAUCGAAACGGAGCUCAACUCUGCGGAAUGCCAACUCGUGCCCAUUGAAAACAAUCUCAUCGAUGAGGUCUGGGGUAAGGAUCAGCCAUCACAGACAUCCAACAAGAUUAUCACCCUGAAACUAGAAUACUCCGGCGUAACAAUCGCCAAGAAAUGGGAAGUGGUACGCAAGCAAUUGAAAGAUAAGAAUGUUGAUGCCUUAGUCGUUAGUGCUCUCGAUGAAAUCGCUUGGUUCUUAAAUCUUCGCGGGUCGGAUAUUGAUUUUAACCCUGUCUUCUUCUCAUACUUGCUUGUGACCACUGACGAUCUACUACUCUUUGUGGACUCUGCAAAAUUACCUACUGAUUUUGCCCAGCAUCAGACCGAGAACAACGUUAGGAUCAGUGUUUUGCCUUACGCUUCAAUUGGUGUGGAAAUCAGUAAGAUUGUGUCCAGCAAGGAUUCAAAAAUCUGGAUUGCACCCACCAGCAGUUACUAUCUAACUGCCUUGAUACCCAAAUCGCGUAGGGUUCAAGAGGUCACACCCAUCUGUGUUCUAAAGUCGAUUAAAAACGAUGUCGAAAUCGCAGGAUUUGUUAACAGCCACAUUCGCGACGGUGUCGCUCUGUGCCAGUAUUUCGCCUGGCUUGAAGAUCAAGUGAAAAAUGGCGCGGAAGUUGAUGAAAUAUCUGGUGCCGAUAAGCUGGAGUCAUUCCGAUCAUCGAAGGAUAAGUACAUGGGCCUUAGCUUCACCACAAUCAGUGCUUCUGGGCCCAAUGGUUCUGUUAUACACUAUCACCCAAAGGAGGAAACCAACAGGAAGAUAACCGAUAAAGAAGUUUAUCUGUGCGAUUCUGGAGCUCAAUAUCUGGAUGGUACUACGGAUGUGACGAGGACUCUUCAUUUUGGUGAACCCACCGAAUUCCAGAAGGAAGCCUACACUCGCGUUUUAAAGGGCCAACUGAGCUUUGGCUCUACUGUUUUUCCGGCUAAGGUUAAAGGACAGGUUCUGGACACUUUGGCAAGAAAGGCUUUGUGGGACGUUGGCUUGGAUUACGGUCACGGUACCGGCCAUGGAGUGGGUCACUUCUUAAAUGUGCAUGAGGGACCCAUGGGUGUGGGAAUUCGACUGAUGCCAGAUGAUCCUGGUCUCCAGGCAAACAUGUUUAUUUCCAAUGAACCUGGGUUCUACCAGGAUGGAGAAUUCGGCAUCCGUGUCGAGGACAUUGUUCAGAUUGUGCCCGGACAAGUGGCGCACAAUUUUGCCAACCGAGGAGCCUUAACUUUCAAAACAAUCACCAUGUGCCCAAAGCAAACUAAAAUGAUCAAAAAGGAGCUUUUAUCCGAUGUAGAAGUAAAGCUGCUCAAUAGCUAUCAUCAGCAAGUUUGGGAAACUCUUUCGCCAAUCUUGUCUCGCGAAGGGGACGAAUUCACUUUGACCUGGCUUAAGAAGGAAGUUAAGCCAAUUUAAUUGCAUUUUAACCUGUUAACUUUACGUCAUUCAUAUCUAUUAUUCUGUAAUACUCGGAUUUUAUAUAUCUUUGAAACUGCACUUUGAUUAAAUGAUUUUUUUGAAAAAAAGCA